AAUCAAGUGUAAUACGUAUUACUUUGCUCUGUACGUCCUCUGCGUAUACACUUACUACCAUCCUCAGCCACUCCCUACCGGGUGGACUCGGCGAUCUUGAGAUCGGCAUGAAUCUUGGUCAGAUCCGCUGUUACAUCUCGUGCCACGAUGUGGUCUACUGCUCCCACAAUCGCAGCGGGCGACCUUGUCAUCGUCUGGCUCACUCGCGACCUCCUCCAGCCAUUGCUGAUAACACCCGGCAAAGAUUUCAACAGCAGAUUCGGCAACUAUCGACACAAUGACUUUAUCGGCGUCCCCUAUGGCUCAAAGGUCGGCGCACCCACAGGCAAAGGCUUCAUUCACCUACUGCGCCCCACGCCUGAGCUCUGGACAAUGGCUCUCCCACACCGUACCCAGAUUCUCUAUCUUGCAGACAUUGCCUUCAUCACUUCCCAGCUCAACAUCCGACGCGGCAGUCGAGUCAUCGAGGCAGGAACUGGCUCAGCAUCAUUCUCCCACUCCGUUAUACGCUCCGUUGGUUCUGCCGGCCAUCUCUGGUCAUACGAGUUCCACGAGGCCAGGGCUGCCAAAGCCAGGGACGAGUUCACCCGUCAUGGUAUGCUUGACAUCGUCACCCUGACCCAUCGCAACGUCUGCAAGGACGGCUUCACAGUAAUCGAUACUGCUGAUAGCUUAUUUCUUGAUAUCCCAGCGCCGUGGGACGCCAUCGAGCACGCCAAAAAGGCUCUUCGGAAAGAUUGUAUCACCCGAAUAUGCUGCUUCAGUCCGUGCAUGGAGCAGGUCCUACGCACCGUAAGCGCUCUCAACGACGCCGGCUUCACCGAUAUAACCAUGUACGAAACCCUCCUACGCCCACAUGACGUCUCCCAGAUCCCUCCCCUCCCCUCCAUCGACGAUGCCGCCGACAAACUCAAGCGCGCAGAGGCCAGGCGCGAAGAAAAACGUCUCAAACAGAUUGCUCAGGGGCAGCGCACAAAGCGGAAACGGGAUGGCGAUUCCGUGGACCCUGAUGAGCUCGACCUAAAACGUGCCAAAACCGACAAGGUCACGGAAGAGAUCUCCGUACAAGUAGACGAGAUCGCCCAAGAUCUCGCAGCACCGAAUACGAACAACAGGUUUAGCGUGUCGAAGGUGAUGUCGGAGGUGAGGGGCCACACGUCUUACCUGACGUUUGCCUGCCUUUUGCCUGACAUAUCACUGAUAUCUGCGCCUCGUGCUUAAAAAUAUCUGUACCCGUAUGCCGAUCAACUACUUGGUAGACCACUCUUCUUGUAGUGAUUCACAGUCGGAGACAAAUGCUGCCAGCGUCCGAACAUUCGCAAGUUGUUGCUAGCACCCAGCGUCGCGUCGAUAGUCGACAAUUCAUUUCUUAGUCAAAAAUAUUUAUGUUUCAUGUAUGCCCUUUCUACCACCCACGUCCCCAACUCCGAGUUCAUUCCCCG